AUGCAACCAGACAUACCCAAUGUUCAGAGCGCACGAGCAUCCAGGUUUCCAGGUUACCAGGCAGCAUACUUAUUCAUUGGGUAUCUAGUGGCGCAAGCUGUUAGCUUUUUCCUCAGCUUUCUAGUCUACUUGCUGGAAGAAAAUCUCCGUACGUCUUUCUCGGAUACCACCUUGCCUUUCUUGAUUGCUCUAUGCGUGUGCAUUUCCUGCUACUUCGUACCUCCUCUUGUUAACAAGCGGCUGUUCCUUCAGAAGAAAUUAAAAGAGUUUGAGCCAGAUUAUUACGUGUCGCUUGACAAUAGCGACGUGAAAUAUGUCAAUGCUGGGCUUAGAUCGGCGAACUCUGAAUGUAACGUCAAGACUCGUUAG